CGGGGCCUGGCGCUCGCGUCGGGUCCGAGGGCUGGAGUGAAGGCCGGCGGCGGCGGCGGCACAGAGCUACGCUGUGGUCCUAGCUGUGAUGGCUACUACAAUGGCUGCGACGGCGGCUGAGCGGGCAGUUCUGGAGGAAGAGUUCCGAUGGUUGCUACACGACGAGGUUCACGCCGUGCUGCGCCAACUGCAGGACAUUCUCAAGGAAGCCUCUUACCGAUUCACUCUGCCGGGGACAGGAACAGAAGGACCAGCCAAGCAAGAGAACUUCAUCCUAGGCAGCUCCACCACAGACCAGGUGAAAGGUGUGCUGACUCUGCAAGGGGACGCAUUGAGCCAAGCGGAUGUAAAUCUGAAAAUGCCCAGAAAUAACCAGCUAUUACACUUUGCGUUCCGAGAAGACAAGCAGUGGAAACUGCAACAGAUCCAAGAUGCCAGGAAUCAUGUGAGCCAAGCAAUUUAUCUCCUUGCCAACCGGGAUGAGAGCUACCAGUUCAAGACAGGAGCUGAAGUUCUCAAGCUAAUGGACGCAGUUAUGCUGCAGCUAACCCGCGCACGAAAUCGGCUUACCACUCCAGCUACACUCACCCUGCCUGAGAUCGCCUCCAGUGGCCUGACGAGGAUGUUUGCUCCUGCUUUGCCUGCAGACCUUCUAGUGAAUUUUUACAUCAAUCUCAAUAAGCUCUGCCUGACUGUGUACCAGCUACAUGCUCUGCAGCCCAGCUCCACCAAGAACUUCCGCCCCGCGGGGGGUGCUGUACUUCACAGUCCAGGAGCCAUGUUUGAGUGGGGUUCCCAACGACUGGAGGUGAGUCACGUACACAAGGUCGAGUGUGUGGUUCCCUGGCUCAAUGAUGCUCUCGUCUUCUUCACUGUCUCCCUGCAGCUCUGCCAGCAGCUCAAGGACAAGAUCUCAGUCUUCUCCAGCUACUGGAGCUACAGGCCCUUCUGACCAAGAGAAGCCUCUGACCAAUUUUUCCCAAUAAAGGAGAUGCCUAGCCAAUGGAUUUGGUCCCUAAAGAGGCUGAGCCACCUCCCAGGAGUGAGUUCCUGGAGGGUGCAGUAUAGACAAGGUGCAGCAUGCAGCUGGUUCUGCAUGGGCAAAAUGCAUUAUUUAUUGCUCUCCUGUCCCCAAGCUUUGAGAGGCCCUCUCUGCCUGUUAAGAGUUGCAUGAAUGAUAAUGAAUACUAGAGAAGUGGCUCUGAGGCCAGACUAGAAGCUGAAGGGAACUCUUCAGGUAGAGCUGCGUUGGGUGACGAAGGCCAUUGCUCGGGAGCACUGGGCCACCAGAGACUAAGGACACACAUUGUGAAAAUAGAAAUCCAAAGGUUGAGGCUGAACUGAGGCCAGAGGGCCAGCCCUGCAUUCCUAACCCCAGCUUCCUGAGAUAUUAAUGACCUUUGGACCCAAAGGGAAGGCGGAGCACAGGGAGAAAGGCUCCACUUCUGCUCCCUUCUCCUUAACACCAGAGAUUCCCCUGAGAAACUACACCUGUGGGGACAGCACUGCAGGCCGGGACCAUGGUAGGGGAAGAAGGGAGAGUGGGGACAGUGCAUUCAAAGGGCUGGCUGCCUGUGACUGGCAAUGUUGUUCUGCAAAGGUAUCAGUCAUCCACUAAGAAAUAAAGAGUCAAGACCCAA